CCCAGUUCCAGGAAAAGACACAAGAUCAAGGUGGCUCUUCCGUACAGAUUCAAGGCCGGUGGCAGCGGAAAUAUGGCGCCUAUCGCGACGCAGCACCACCAUCGGAGCACUACGAAGCAGCCGCAGAAAGGCUUCAAAUCCCGCCAUGCCUCCAAGGGUGCGCUGAAGGAGCAGUCCAAAGGCAAAGUCGAAAGCCUCGAAAAAGGCAGCCGCAAGACUCCCCACCAGCAAGUCUUGUCUAAAUUCGACCGUCGCAACCGAGCGAAGCAGAUGCGCAUAAACAAGGACCACGAACACGCAAAGGCGACAAAUGUUUUUAACGGAAAGGAUGGCGCACCAAGAGUCGUAGCGAUCAUACCCCUUUGCUCGGACGUGUCUGCGGCUGGCGCAGUCCAGAGCUUGAACGCAAGCUUGGACAUCAACGAGGAAGUGCCUGACGCUGGCUGGACGCGCGUCAACGUCGACCGUUUCAAGCAAAAGAUACAAUAUCUCGUGGUUCAGCGCGAUUUAUUAGCCUCGCUCGAUGCUUGCCGAGUUGCCGACUUCGUGGUUUUCAUUCUCUCAGGGCAAGAAGAGGUUGACGAGGAGGGUGAAAUCAUACUCAAGGCGGUGGAAAGCCAAGGUAUUUCAAAUUGCUUCACUGUGGUGCAGGCCCUCGACAAGAUCGAGCCCGCGAAGCGGAGACCGCAGGUUGUGUCUUCAUUGAAAUCGUACAUCACCCACUGGCUACCGACGACCGAACGCGUCUUCUCCCUCGAUAACCUCCAGGAGUCUUCGAAUUUAGUCCGAUCGAUAUGCACGACCACGACUAAAGGUGUCAAAUGGCGCGACCAGAGGAGUUAUAUGUUCUUGGAGGACGUUGUAUGGCCUGGGGCCAAGUCAGCCGCCGUUGAGGAUGGCACCGGCGAGGUCAUCCUGACAGGUGUAGUCAGGGGACAAGGUCUUAAGGCGGAUAGACUGGUGCAGGUUGGCGAUUGGGGCGACUUCCAGAUUGAAAAGAUCGUUGCUGCUCCGCUGGAAACGCGAAAAAAGGCGAAGGGCGAUGCCAUGGCAGUUGAUUCGGAACCCGGCGAGGAAGUUCUAGACCGUGCUGGUGAAGACCAGGACGAUUUAGCCGACCUAGCACCGGAGGAGACGAUCAUGGACGACGUAACCAACUAUGCCGCGUCAGUUGCACCAACCGAACGAAAAGGUGUGCUUUUGGACGACCACCAUUACUUUUCAGAUGAGGAGGAGGUAGAUGCACCAAAGCGUCCGCGAAGGCUGCCAAAGGGCACCAGUGCUUACCAGGCUGCGUGGUAUCUUGACGAUUGUUCCGAUUCUGGGUCAGAUCUGGAAGAUUUCGACAUGGAAGAUGCUGAGCCGACCGAAGACGGCGCGCGCGCUCAUCCCGCAGACGGCAUCGAGGGCAUGGACAUAGACGGCAAGGCAAUGACUGAAGCUGGUCCUUCAGAAUAUCCUCAAUCCGAGAUGUUCUUAGAUCCUGCUCCAGAGGAUGAAGCGGCCCAGAUCGAAGCUUACAGGAAGUCGCGAAAGAAUGACGCAGAAGAAGACCUGGAAUUCCCGGACGAGAUCGAACUUCAUCCCAACGUCGACGCUCGAGAGCGCCUCAUCCGAUACCGAGGACUGAAAAGCCUAAGGGAAAGUGUCUGGGAGAAGGACGAGGACAAGCCAUACGAACCCGUGGAGUGGCCCCGAUUAUUGGAGAUCUCGGACUACAAGAGAACCGCAACAAAGUUCAUGCGAGAAGCCUGGGCUGGUGGUGUCAAGCCUGGCACCAGAGUCAACGUUCAUAUUCGCGGUGUGCCCCUCUCGCUGCAAAGCUCAAGACCGAUGGCACUGUACUCUCUGCUUCGUCACGAGCACAAACGCACGGCGUGCAACUAUAGCAUUCUGCUCAGCUCCGACUACGAAGCUCCCAUCGCGUCUAAGACGGAGAUAAUUGCACAAUGCGGACCGCGACGGAUGAUCAUCAAUCCACUUUUCUCCCAGGCUGGCAACACACCCAAUGACGUCCACAAGUUCGACCGGUUCCUCCACCCCGGCCGCUCAGCAAUCGCAUCCUUCAUCGGACCCAUUACCUGGGGCAACGUCCCCGUCCUAUACUUCCAGCGCCCCACAACCCCCGCCCCCGAAGGCGACUCCAACGCCCAGCCGACCGCUACUGAGCCCUCCACCUCGCCUCUCAAACUCAUCGCCACCGGCACGUCCCUUCCACCCUCCCUAAACCGCGUCAUCGCCAAGCGCAUCAUCCUGACCGGCCACCCCUAUAAAAUCAACAAGAGCAUCGUCACCGUGCGCUACAUGUUCUUCAACGACCGAGACGUCAAGUGGUUCAAGAGUUUACCGUUGUGGACGCGCCGUGGCCGCAGCGGAUUCAUCAAGGAGAGCUUGGGUACGCAUGGGUACUUCAAGGCAACGUUUGAUGGGAAGAUUAACCCGAUGGAUGCGGUGGCGGUCAGUUUGUAUAAGAGGAUGUGGCCGAGAACGGCGAAGAUGUGGCAGCCGUAGAUGGCAGCAGGGAGUGAGUUGUUGACGACGGAAUGACAUGAUUUGAUACCAACAUAGAGAAUGAACCUUGUUUUGCGG